UGAGACAUCGAAAUCAACACUAGUAUUUUCUUUCCUCGAAUGCUUCAAGCCUACAUAAUUGUUUCUAUAUAACGCUAUGAACAUUAAACGCAGUCUUAAAUUUUCAAAGAUGAAGCAACCUUUCACUGCAUCUUCUUCUUCUUCUUCGUCAUCAUCAUCUCUGAUCAGAAAGGCCCGUCUCUCUCCUUAUCUCCUCACUCUAUUGGUUUUCAUAGUCUUUGUUGCCAUUCUUUAUGGCGAGGAUUUCAUGUGCCUCCUUGGCCAGCUCGACCCCAACCUUGACCGUCCAGCAACGUCCAGAACCGAGAAGAAGUGGGAGAAGCUACCUUUCUCCACGGGGAGGACCCCAGAAGGUUGUGAUUUUUUUAGCGGGAGGUGGGUGUGGGACGAUUCAAACCGGCCACUUUAUGAAGAAUCGGAGUGUCCGUACAUACAGCCACAGUUGACAUGUCAAGAGCAUGGCAGGCCUGAGAAGGAUUAUCAACACUGGAGAUGGCAACCUCAUGGCUGUGAUCUUCCCAGUUUUAAUGCCACAUUGAUGCUUGAAACCUUACGAGGAAAAAGAAUGAUGUUUGUUGGUGAUUCUUUGAACCGGGGUCAAUAUGUUUCCAUGGUCUGUCUUCUCCACCGACUUAUCCCUGAAGACCAAAAAUCCAUGGAAACAUUCGGUUCUUUAACGGUCUUCACUGCCAAGGAAUACAAUGCAACAAUUGAGUUCUACUGGGCACCAUUUCUCCUUGAAUCAAACUCGGAUGAUGCUGUCAUUCAUAGAGUAUCAGAUAGAAUUGUGAGGAGAGGUUCAAUCAAUAAACAUGGGAAAAAUUGGAAAGGCGUUGAUAUUAUAGUCUUCAAUACUUACCUAUGGUGGAUGACUGGCCAAGACAUAAAAAUCUUGCAAGGGUCAUUCGAAGAUGAAACAAAAGAUAUCAUAGAGCUGUCACCCGAGGAUGCGUAUCGUAUGGCAAUGAAAAGCAUGCUGAGAUGGGUGAGAAAGAAUAUGAACCGCAAGAAAACAAGGGUCUUUUUCACCAGCAUGUCACCUACUCAUCAAAAGAGCAUAGACUGGGGAGGCGAACCGGGUCACAGCUGUUACAACGAAACAACUCUAGUUGACAAUGCCACAUACUGGGGAUCGGAUUGCAAGAGAAGCAUAAUGGAAGUAAUCGGAGAUGAAUUUAGCAGAUCAAGAUUCCCCAUCACAUUUCUCAACAUCACACUACUCUCAAAUUACCGCAAAGAUGCGCAUACCUCGAUAUACAAGAAGCAAUGGAGUCCAUUGACUCCUGAACAAAUUGCUAAUCCUGUUAGCUAUGCAGAUUGUGUGCAUUGGUGUUUGCCUGGCCUUCAGGAUACCUGGAAUGAACUCUUAUUUGCCAAGCUGUUCUAUCCAUAGCACAUACACUAGCAAGCCAUGAAUCCUCCUUUUUGUUUCCAGUGGGUUUAUUUGAUGAUGGUACGGAGAAGCGAUUUUUGGAAAUUGUGAUGCAUGGGAGAAGUGGAAAAGAUAAGAAAAAUGAAAAAAAGAUUAAGGAUGAGCAUGUGUAUAAUAUCGUUGUAAAAGAAAAUUCAAGUACAAUUGAAUUGAUUUGUUCUAAUUGCAGAACUAAAUUCUUGUAUUUUAAAAUUA